CUUACAUACGUUGGCGCUCUUAUGGGGCAUACCAACGAACGAGCCUCACGCCUCUCACAAGUCUCACGGGUGCGAAACGGAGAAGCCGAUAUGCAGUCCGUGCGGCUUACGAGCGCUUACGGCAUACUAUUCGCUAAAAACCCUGCGAAUACCCUCUACGCUGUUAAGUGUUGAGGGAUUUCACCACGUCUCCGCACCUGACAGCUUCCUGGCCUAGCCGGUGCUCCACGGCAGGGAUCACACGGGGUAACGGAUGUGGUCAACGGGUCCGGCCUCCUCCUGGGGCAGGUUUACGCUUUCAAUCCUAAAUUACUAUACCAAUUUUGAUGAAUUUCAUAGUAUGGAGAUAAAGAACAUCUUGAUGAAGGACAAAGGAUGUAUAGUACCAGAAUGUGAUAACAAUAAUGCAACAGCACUAAUACCUUCAUGGUGGCCUAGUAAUGCUGAACCAAAGUGUCACAAGCCGAUACUUAAUCUCAGGAAAUACAAUGCAAACAAUCACAUUUGCUCGAACUCCACUUUUCUAGAACAUGUCGAGGAAUGUCAUGUAUGGAUUUUCGAAAAUAACAACUCUAUCGUGUCUGAGCUAAAUCUUGGCUGCCAAUCGUGGAAAACUUCUCUCGUUGGCAGUAUUCAUAAUGCUGGUAUGAUCGUUUCGAUGAUGUUCGCUGGAUGGAUUGCAGAUAAGAUAGGAAGAAAACCUACAGCAAUAAUUUGCUCUAUCGGAGGUUUCGUGGGAAUCUUUAAAAUAUUCGUUGUCAAUUACUAUGUCUACAUAGCUUUAGAAUUUUUUGAAUCUGUCAUUGCCUCGGGAUUAUAUACCGUUGCGGUUGUUUUGUUAAUUGAAGUUGGAGGAGAAACUAAGAGAGUUGUAACAGGCGUUAUAUUUUCAUACGCAGUGUAUAUGGGUGAAAUAUUAUUUGCAUUAAUAGCCAUGGGGUUGAGAUAUUGGAAGUAUCUCGUAUUAUUUGUGUAUACACCUGCAGUUCUGUUCGUUUCAUAUACGGUUCUGCUUAGAGAAAGUACGAGAUGGCAAAUAUUACAUGGCAAAAUGGAUGACGUUAAAAAGACGUUCAAAUUGACUUCACGAAUGAACGGCCUUCAAUUGUCUGAUGCAGAAAUAGACAGCUGGAGUGAUGCAGAGAUUAGAUCAAAAUACAAUUUGGAAAACCAGUUAAAAGAAGAAAGCAUGAAAGACGUAAGAAAGUCCAAAGAACUGCUGACGCGUCUAGCAGUAACUUCCUUUUGCUUUUUCACGUCUAGUUUUCUUUAUUAUGGCUUGAUAAUACAUUCGGUGCUAUUGCCAGGCGAUAAAUAUACUAACUUUAUUUUGACCUCGGUUGUUUCUUUCCCCGGUGAUUUGCUGGCGUUCUACACAAUGAAUUACAUUGGGAGAAGAAUCACGCUACAAUGUGGUUAUUUGAUCACUGCAAUAUUUUUAGUAGCUCAGAGUUUUUCACCUGAUCAUUUGGUAUGGCUCAAGAUAUUUCUAUUUCUAAUAGGUAAAUUCGGAGUGGUAAUUUGUUUUACCGGAAUUUACACUUAUAGCCUGGAAUUAUUUCCGACAAGCGUAAGAGGAUCUCUUUUGGGAUGGGGCAACACAGCGGCGAGGUUUGGAAGCAUGUUGGCUCCAUUUACGUCGCUUCUGGUGACGCAGUUAUCUUCAUUGCCUUCCAUACUGUUUUCUUCUACGGCGAUUAUAUCAGCUGUGCUUUUAUCAUUUACACCAGAAACUAAAGUUUUACCAUUAUUCGAUACAAUUGCUCAAAUGGAAGCUUAUAAAACUUAAAUUAUGUAAAAGUAAUUGUUUUUAUUACGUAUACAUAUUGUAAAUUGUACAUAUUGAAGUAUAAUUUUAAAUCUAUACUAAUAAUAUAAAGAGGAUUAUUUAAUUGUUUGUUUGUAUUGAAUAGGCUCCGAAAGUACAGGACCGAUUUGAAUUCUAAUUUCAUUAGAAAAAUUCUUUCACGUUUAGAAUCCUAAAUUAUCCCUGAUGAACAUAGGCCAUAGAGUAUUUUCAAACACGUUACGGUUCCGUAUAAAAACUUCGAUAACGUAACCCAGU